AUGAGAUUUCCUCUUGUGACACUUAUUAAUGAGAGUAUUAAUUCUAAUUUAAGUAAAAGGGCUGUUACUUAUUAUGAUGGUAAUAGUUGGUCUGAUGUAUCAUAUGCUGGCAUCAAGGAUGCAGUUAACGAAAUCCGAUGUUUAUUGAAAGAAAAAUUGUCAGAAAAUGAAACAACAUAUGUGUUACUUCAUUUAAACAUUACUGUUACUUAUCCUUCUAUAGUUCUUGGUGUUCUUAAUGCUGGUCUUGGUUUUUUAUGUAUUGACCCUGAUGACAGUGAUACUAUCAAUGAAUAUAUCCGUGAGAAUUCCUUUAAGUAUAUUCUUUCAAAUAUAUACUUUGAUAAAUCUCACCAAACAUCAUUUUGUUUGUUUUCCAAAUUUGAAGGAAGCUUGUUUAUUCAUGGAGAAACAGUGGGAUUAUGGAUGACAUGUCAUGACAACAAAUUUGAUAAAAUAUCAUUUAUCUAUGCUCUAAAAACUUCAGGAACAACUGGGAAAGCAAAGACUGUGCAGGUGUUGCAUGAGUGCAUUUUUCCUAAUCUCAGAGACUUAAGUGCUAUUCUACAAGUCAGCAAUACAGAUGUAUUCACGUUAAUGACACCCAUUACAUUUGAUCCAUCAGUUAUAGAAUUAUUUUUGCCAUUGAUGAAUGGAGCUUCCUUAUGUAUUGUUGAGAAAUAUGUUAAACAAAAUCCAGACUUGUUAUUGGAUAUUUUAUUUCCUGCCUCAGGAGGUUUGGUUACAAUAUUACAGACCACACCGUCUCUCUUCAGGAGAUGGAAUACAUCAAUCUUACAAAAAAGAAUUUUUACUGAGCAAUCAGUGUUAAAAAAUUUGAUUUUAGGUGGUGAAGAAUUUCCGAGCAUAAAUGAACUUAAAUCAUGGGAUCUUACUAAAAAUAUCAAUAUUUAUAAUAUCUAUGGUAUCACUGAAGUUUCUUGUUGGGCAUCAUUAAAACAGGUUUGGCCUGCUAAAAAAAUUGAAGUUGAUAUUGGAACACCUUUAUCUGAAACAUUAUUUAAAUUAGAAACUGAUAACAAAAAUGAGGGAGAAUUAUUUAUUGGUAGUAAAACAAGAAAAUGUUUGAUCAAUGAUGAGGCUUGUGAGACAGUGUGUAACAAUGAUAAGAUCUUGUUUAGGGCAACGGGAGACAUUUUUAAGAAAGUGAAUGGAAAGUUAUUCUUCAAAAGGAGAAAAGAUGAUAUUUUAAAACGUUGGGGAACCAAGUUCAGUACAUCUUCCAUUGAAGAAUGUGUUAAAUUACAUGAUAAUGUAAUAGCUUGUGUUUGUGUGACAUGCAAAAUUAAUCACCAUAUAAGAAUUGGAUUAUUUAUCAUGGAAAAAAAUAGUUCUGAUUUGAAGGAUUUAAAAUGUUUUUUAAAAAAAUCUUUACCCAGAGCCUCAUGGCCUGAUUCCAUUACAGCACUUGACUCUUUCCCACUAACCACCCAUGGAAAGAUAUGUGUUCGUUCAUUAAAUAAAAUGUUAUUAGAAGAGAAAAAAGCAAAAAGCAAAGAGACAUUUUGUGAAAUGUGGAGGCAUUACAGCUCAGAGAAUGCAUCGGGUUUCAAUGACUUUUUUUCUGAUGGAGGUGACUCCUUGAUGGCAUUACAAUUAGUAGCAGAAUUGAAACAAAAUUUUAAUGAUAUCCCUGAUACAAUGCUUGGAAUGAUUCUACAAAAGAAAACUUGUGAUGAACUUUGGACUUACUUGGCAGAUUAUCGAGGAAAUUGUUCCUCCAAGGAGCAAACAAUGAUGAUAACUAACUUUUGUAAUGAAAUAACAAAAUCCAGAACAAAAAAUAUUUCUAAACUACUUCUGAAAGGAAAAAUCACGUUUUUUGGAAAUUUUAUAUCAGAUGAUGUCAUCAUUCCAACUGAUAUUCAAUUGAUGGAAAGAUGGAAACUAAACCUUGGAAAGUGUAUUGAUGCUUCACCUUUAGGUAUUGAACUUACUAGUGGAGAAAAAUUUUGUAUUAUUGGAUCACACAGUGGAAGGGUUGUUGUUUUGGACAUUAAUUAUGGAAAAUUGAUAUCUGAAUGUAUAUUACCAGAUCGUGUUGAAUCAUCGGCAUGCAUCUCCCUGAAUGCUGAGAUUUAUUAUAUUGGUUGUUAUGAUGGAUGUGUUUAUGCUGUGUCCUAUAAAUCUGGAAAAAUUAUUUGGAAAUUCAAAACAGAAGAUAUGGUUAAAAGUGCAUGUUUAAUAUUUGAAGAUUGCAUAAUAUUUGGAUCGUAUGACCGAAAAAUGUAUUGCUUAUCAGAGUGUGGGUCCUUGAAGUGGAAGACACUCCUGAGAAGUCCUAUAUUGGCAGAUCCAGUGUUGCAUAAUAAUCAUGUAUAUAGCACUACACUUGGAAGCAUUGCUGUUUUAAACUCAAGCACUGGACAAUUAUUAUGGGAACUAAACCACGACCCUAUAUUUUCUACUCCGGUAUUGAAUGAUUCCUAUUUAAUAGUGGCAGAUGUCACAGGACGUGUUCAAUGGCUCAACAUUAACAAUGGAUUAGAAGAACACGUAUUUAAAACUGAUGAUAUUAUUUUUUCAUCUUUAGUAAAAUCUAUUAUCAACAAAGAUGAAAUAACAAUCUUUGGGUGUAAUGAUGGAUAUGUGUACUGUUUGAAAGAUAGAGGACUUCAUUGGAAAACAUUUCUUCAUGAUAGGAUAGUGUCGACACCAUUUGUUGAAUUUUAUCCUACAUCUUCUAGAGGAUUUGUUGUAUGCAUUACGACUAAAGGGGAAUUAUUUAUUUUGAACAUUAAUAAUGGAGAAAAAUUGUCACAUUAUUCUUUACCUGGUGAAGUAUUUUCUUCACCAAUAGUAAUCAAUGGAAAGAUUAUUGUUGGCUGCAGAGAUGACAAUGUUUAUUGUCUAGAUAUAAUGUGA